GAUAUAAAUGUCUGCAAAAGUUGCCGUUUCGAUAAAUGCAUAUUAAAAGGAAUGUAUAUUCAAACAACAAAAGGAAGGGAACCCGAAAAAGUUUUGGAAAUACAAACAAUGAUUCAAAAUAAACGUAGAGAACUUGCUAGUAAAGGAAAAUAUGUCCAAGGAAAAUCUAAUAAUUGUGCUGUUGGAGGGCUGAAUUUUGUUGAUUUGCAAAAAUCACUAAUCGCUAGACAAAAUACACAAUUACUUGACUAUUUACUCACAAUAGAGCAACAUGCUUGUCGUAUUGGCGAUUCCCCUAUAGGAAUCCAAGAUUUUCAUUAUAAUUCUUCGUUAAAUUCACUUGCUACAUUACUCACACGUAAAGAAAAUUUAAUUGCAAUGAAACACGAAUGUGUGGUUUGAA